AUGUGCAAACACAUUCUCAACGCCCAAGUCGCCAUCCGGUCACCAUGCUGCCGGAAAUGGUUCGACUGCGCCGAGUGCCACGCAGAGCAGGAGAGCCACCCCCUCCUCCAGAGCUUCGAAAUGACCUUUGCCUGCAAAAAGUGCAAAAAGGCCUUCCGCAAGGACGCCCAGGAGUUCGACGAGAGCGACGAGUACUGCCCCCACUGCGACAACCACUUCGUCAUCGAGGCCAAGACGCCCAAGGCCGCCCUCACCAUCGAGGGCGAGGACGUCCGCAUGAACAACAAGCUGCUCAAGGACGAGAGGGUCCGGCAGGAUGGCCGGAGGACCAUUUUCGAUCCGACGCCGGAUGCUGACAAGCUCGGUUAG